CAAUGCGUGUAAAUAUUGUUCAAAUCACCAAUAGUGCAAAGUCCACCGUUUGAGUGCAAGUCUUGAGUCGUCAGUCGCAUUCGACCAGGUGGGCCGCCCGCACGUGCGUGGCUUUGCAAUCUGUUCUCAAUCGCGAUCUUAUUGCGACAGUUUCACGCGUGUUUUUCACUUGUUCUGUGAUCUCGGAAUUAGGACAAAUGAAGAUGACAGUAAAUCGAAUAAGGGUUGUGGUGCUAGGGAGCGCAAGGAGCGGCAAAUCUGCCGUAGUCGUUCGGUACUUGACCAAACGGUAUAUCGGGGAAUACAGUUCGACUGGAGACUUUUUAUACCAACAUCGAGUGGCCUUUGAUGGUGCUACUUCGGAAGUUGAAGUUUUGGAUACUUGUGGAUGUGCCAAACGGGGAUGUCUAGCAGAGCAUCUACGAUGGGGUGACGCGUUCGCGGUGGUGUACUCCGUUUGCGACCGACGUUCGUUCCUAGCUGCUGCCGAACUAUUAGCACUUCUGGAAAGAACACGGCUACCAGGCUGCACUGCCGUUACUCUACUCGGAAACAAAAGAGAUCUGGAACACGCUAGAGUGGUGAAAGCAGAGGAAGGUCAGGAGUUGUCAUUGAGGUUUGGCUGCCAGUUCUACGAGGUGUCUGCAGCAGAAUCGUGCGCCGGCGCCGCGUUGGCCUUCCAUGCUCUGUUGAGAGAGGCGAGGGCAUUAGCAUUGUUGCUGCCAGCACCGAGGCGGAAACUAGCAACUUAUUCUGUUUCUAAGGUAAUUGGUUCGAUUCUCGGACUGAGCAACAAAAGCGUCAGGAAGAAACGACCGUCACUCAGCAUAUGAAGUGUUUACGAGAAACUUUGGGUUUUGAAUACUCCGUGAUGGAGUUUAUGAAAUUUGUUUUUUAUUCUGUCUAAACAGAUGUUGUUAUCUCUUUCGGUGCGCGGCACCCAAGGGAUUUGCGGAUGGUGCAAGAUGGAAGAAGCGAUAAAACAGUGAAGUGCGACAGUUGUUAAAAUAUAUUUUUUGUAAAAUGUUAUUUAUGCCCCCAAAAUAUUUAAUUCCUUUAAUUAAAUUCCUAUUAGAUUCUUGUUGGUUAAUUGUAAGUGUUUAAUAAACUUUUUUGUAGAAAAUGUAAUGUACGACCGAAACGAUGUAUUUACAGUUUUCUAUGCAGCAAAUUGCAGCGAUUGAAUUAAAUUGGUUGUUAUUAUACCAAUACCUAGUAGGAAAUAAAUAAAAAAAUGACUUAAUUAUAUUUUCCUCUUUUAUAAAUCUUAUAAGGUACAACAGAUAAUGACAUUAAUGUUUUUCUUUGCUUUUUGAAGCAAGCAACAUUUAACAAUUGUACAAGUAUAUUUAUAAAUACCUAUCUAUAAUGUUUUCCCUUUUUGUGUAAAACCAACAGGUAGUUGGAUACUUAUAUUAAUACGAUUCAACAUUUAUUUUAGAUGAAAAUUUUCGUUUAAAUAGAAUUUUGAAAAUUUUAAGAUUAAUCCUGCACCCUCUUCUUUCUAUAAUUCUUUUUUACUGGUGAACUUCUCAGGGACACCUUUUUCUAUAGAAAUAAAAUGUGAUAAAUAUGUUGUAUUAUAAAACAAAUUGAAGUAUUUGUUAAUAAAUUUAUAGGAAUCUUUUUUACCUAUAAACGAAAAGACUGUCCAAUAUUUGGACCAACUUAUACUUACUUGGCGUUACGUUAUUAUGUAAUAUAUAUGAGUGAUCUGUAAAAUUGUUAGUAUUUAAUCUCAAUAGCACGUAAUAUCUACCUAUUACAUAAUAUUUUUCAUAUAUUUGUACAAGAUAUGCAAUAAUAACAUAACCGACCUUUUAUGGCAGUCAGGUAAAUUUGAUAAAAAAGUACAUAUACUUUAGGAAUACAGAAAACAUAUCAAUUAUUUCGGUAACAUAAUAAAGACCAACUUUUUGAUAAUAAAAUUUGAAUAUUUCGUUACUUAAUUCUUCUGUAAUAUUUAUACGUUAAAGAUUGUAACGUGU